AUGUACUCUUUGUUAAGGAUGUACCCUUUCUCUCUGACAUCUGGCACCUCUCUUUCUCUCUCACAUCAUCCAACCUCUCUUUCCUUUCACCUUUCUUUCUCUCUUUUUUCCUCCUCUCUUUUCUUCCACCCUCUAUCUUUUCUCCUAUCCUGUUUUACUUUCUUCACAUUCUUUCUCUGUCUCCCUCACUCAUUUGCUCACCUUUCCUUUUUUCCUUUCUCUCUCCCUCACUUGUUUAUUCUCCCUUCCUUUUUCCUCUCUCUCUCACUUCUUUCACUUUCUCUCUUUAUUGAUUCCUCCUACCACCCUCUCUCUUUCACUCACCUUUUUCCACCCUCUUUCACUUCUUCCACCUCUCUCUGCACAUUUCUUCUUGUACUGUUUUUACUUUUCUUUUUUCUUUCCCUCUCUCUUCUUUCAUCAUCUCCCUCCUCCUUUCUUCAAUCUUUUCUCUUACUCUCUCUCUCUUCUUUCAACUUCUCUCACAUAUCUUUUACCUUUUCUUCCUCUCUCUUCUUUCAACCUCUCUCUCCUAUCUUCUUUGAUGCUCUCCUUCCCUCUCUCUCCCUCUUAUUCCCCACUCCCUCUCUAUACCUUUAA